AUGACCCGCAACCAUAGUGGAGGCCAGCACUGUCACUUUGUCCAGCAUAUCAUGAUCCCCAAGGCCCCUGUUUUACUUUCCUCUCCUGGUAUGUCUUUGUCCACUGGCACUGCAGGUGACGUGAGGCUGGUGAAUGCUGAAAGUCCCUGUGCUGGGAGAGUGGAGGUUUUCCAUGAAGGACAGUGGGGCACAGUGUGUCAUCACUGGUGGGAUACAGAGGAUGCUGCAGUAGUGUGUAGACAGAUGUUCUGUGGAGAAGUGGUACUAGCAAAAGGGUAUGGUCAAUUUGGAGAAGGAACUGGGAAGAUAUGGAUGGAAGAUGUGGCCUGUAAAGGGUCAGAGUCGACACUGAAGGACUGUGGGCACAAUGGAUGGGGACGUAAUGACUGUGGUCAUCACCAGGACGCUGGAGCUAUCUGCUCAGGAAAGUUUGAAAUGCAGCUGAAAGGUGAAAAUCAUCCAUGUUCUGGAAGACUGGAAUUCCAGCACCUAAGCUCAUGGUACACAGUGUGUGAUCCUGACUUUGACCUGCAGGAUGCAAAGGUCGUGUGUCGGCAGCUGGGCUGUGGGAUCCCUGUGGAGGAGCCCAGGGUGGCUGCAUUUGGGAAGGGGGGCGGGCAGGUGUGGUCAAAGAAGAUUAACUGCACAGGAGAUGAAUCUGAUUUUCGUCAAUGUUUGAGAUCAUCCACAGAGGAACAGAACUGCACUCAUAAGACUGACGUGGGACUGAAGUGCUUCUGGUACACAAACUCCAGGCUGGUGGGCGGCCCUGACUCCUGCUCCGGGAGGGUGGAGCUGCAGUACCUCAGAACUGGACCCAUCUGGCUGGAUGAGGUGGACUGUGAGGGGAAUGAGACGUCUCUGUGGGACUGUCCUUCAGCACCGAGGGGACAGAAUGACUGUGCCCAUAAAGAGGAUGUAGGAGUUGUGUGUUCAGAACAUAAAGAAAUCAGACUGGCUGAGGGCUGCUCUGGCCAAUUGGAGGUUUUCUACAAUGGCACAUGGGGAAAUGUGUGUUUCAAUCAAAUGGAGACAAACACAGCCAGUCUGAUAUGUCAACAUCUCAACUGUGGAGAGAGUGGGACCAUUUUUAGUACAAAGUCUCGGCUGAAAGGAGCUCUGAACUGGCUUGAUAACCUGAAAUGUCGCCCACAUGACUCCACACUGUGGCAGUGCCCGUCCUCUAACUGGGGAGACAAUAAAUGUGGUGAAGGUGAAGUGGCUCAAAUCACCUGUGAAGGAUGUUCUGCUGUCCAGUGGAACUGCAGCCACAAGGAGGAUGCUGGUGUUACCUGUGCAGGUUCAUCGCUGCAUAAGGCCACUACAGGGAUUCCAGCAGCAUCCACAACAACAAAAAAAGUUCCUCCUUCAGUUGUACCCUCCCAGAAAGGCAUGUCCAUUCCUUUUGUGGUCUCCCUGGUACUGGGAGCUCUUCUCUUCCUGCUGCUGGUGAUAACAGCUGUCCAGUUGUACCAGAACAGAGUGCUGAAGAGAGCUGUGUACUGUGGUCUCACCCCUCUGCAAAAGGACAUUUAUGAGGAGAUAGAGUACAAUCUGACCUGGGGAGAGACUUUCAGAGCCCCUCGUGAGGGACGUGUCCUCUCUGAGGAGCUGCCCUCUGGAUAUGAAGAUGUGGAGGACAGUGAGGGAGACCCCCUUUCAGGUUCAGGGUUGAUGGUGACAGGAGACACAACAGAGAACUAUGAUGAUGUUGAGGGUAUAGAGCAGAGUCCACAUGUUUUACCAGGUGUGAGAGCCUUGGCCACACUGCCCCCUGGGGACGGCCCCCCUGAACCCGACCAGACUGACUAUGAUGAUGUGGGGGAGGAGGGACUGACAGUCCUGCCUGAGGAAGCUCCUGUCCAAAGAUUCAUGAAGAUGUUCUUCAAAUGAGCUUCAUGAAAGCAGCAUCUACCACAGUAUCACUGCUAUUCACAUUUCAUGGAUUUUAAGGUAUUAAGGUUAAGGUUUUUUCUUUCAAUUUCUAAGAUUUUCUCAUAUAUAAUUAAAAUAUAAUUUCUGUGACAGCUUUGUCUGCCUGUAAAAUACCAUUUCAAAAUUUUAACCAAUUUCGCAUUUUCUGCUUUUGUAUUUUAUAAUGUUUUCUUUCCUUUAUACGAUUAAUUAUAUUUUGAUUAUAUUUUCCCUAAACUCCAAUUCAAUUACUUAAUGCUGUGUGAGUUUUACUGUUUCCUUUUUACAAUUUUGGACUUGCCUACAACAAACCACAUAAAUAUGGACCCUCUUUGUGUUCCUGACAUUUUUGUAUCCCAUAAUCCAAAAUAACAUGUUGACUUUAUGAUAAUAGGAAAUUAGUAUUUUCAAAUUUUAAAUUUGCAAAUAUUUUGUAAUAAAGUACAAUUGAAUCUGGACUGUGUUAUCGAUUCCCACCCUCCAACCGGCAUUUUUUCUGGAUGCAGAGGACCUUGGCUUGUAUUGCUAAUGAAAAUUUGGCCCUUGGGCGUAAAAGAGUUAGCGACCCUGGUAAUACAGACUUAUUCAUAUGACGUGCCAUUUAUAUGUGAAAUACUUAAAUAAUAAACAACUUAAUUGCA